CUUCUCAGGCAGCCCCACUGCGCCACCAGCACGCCCACGACCCCAGCUCGUGAACCCCCGAACCUGCAAUCCCACCAUGCAGCAGCCACAGCAGCCUGAGGUCAAGGAGUCCCCCCUGUGGGCGCAGCUUCAGGCUCAGAUGCAGCCCCAGAACGCCUCAUCGGCUUCUGGAGCCACCAGCAACGGUCAAAACAACGCAGGGAACGCAGGAAAUGCCGUCAGCCAGCCUCAGGCCCAACAGCCUCAGCCAGAUCCUCAGGUGAGCGAAAUAAGACAGACGAGGAAUGAAGCUUGGUGCGACGAGAGCCCAUGUGCUCAUCCAUCGCUGGUGAGGGAGUGCAUUCAUUACCUGUGUGUGCCUUCCUUGUCCUUGGUGUUGGUGUGCAGCCCCCGAUGUUCGCGAAUUUUGGCAAAUGGUGGAGGGAGGUGACGCAGGCAAACAGGAUUCCGCCAGUCUGCACCGCGCCCCAGACCACACAGACCACCACAGACAGGUGGGUGGGUGGGUGAGAGAGACCACAUUAUGAAGCCACCCUCCCUCCCUCCCUCCCUCUCCCCUCUCCAUUUCACGCCACUGUGUUGCGUGUUUGGUGUGCGCCAAUCCUGCACUGCAUCCGUCAGGCCCUCACCCCCACAGCCACAGCCACAGCCGCAGCCACAGACACAGACACAGCCACAGCCGCAGCCACAGCCACAGCCACAGCCACAGCCGCAGACGCAGCCGCAGCCGCAGACAGGGCAACGGCAGCGCACCAGUACGACGGCUUCCCCCUCUCAUGCCGCUAUGUUCAACUUCAUGGCCACUGGCGCACAGCUGGGCGCUGCACAGCAGACCAACAUCCACGAGCGGACAGCCAUGGAGGGCGCCGCCAAAUUCCUCAUGAAUCAGCGGGAUCGGCUGCUGAACCAGCAGCACCAGGCGGACCACCAGCAGCAGCAGCAGCAGCAGGGGCAGGCCGUGAGUGAGGCUGUGGGUGUGGGUGUGGGUGUGGAUGCCGUCCCGGUCAAGAAGGACACUGCCGUGGGGCCGGGAGGUGGGGAGGGCGGGGGUGUUGAGGGGAGUAGUGAGGCAGGAUCGCCGUCACCAUCGCAGCAGCAGCAGCAGCGGCAGCAGCAGGGGCAGGGUGAGGGUGAGAGUGAGGGCAAAGGCUGGGAGGUGUUGGCUGGCGAGGGGCUGAAGCGGCACAUCGGAGGAGCGUCAGAUGAGGACACGCAGACGCAGGGGCGCCAGAAGGUGAGUGGGGAUCUUGGUGGCUGGGUGAGUGGGUGCAGAUGGAGAUAUGUGUGUUUGUGUGCGUUGCAGAAGGUGACACUGACUUCGGCGCGGCAGCAGCACCGUCUCAAGCGUAGCAAGAUAAAGUCCCAGGGUGUCGCAGACGACGUCGAGGUGCGUGCGUGUGUCCACCACCACAGCGUGCCACACAGAAACGCAGUCCAACUCCUCACUGCGUCUGCCAUUUGUGUGUAGGUGUCUUGCGGUGGCGCCCAGCAGUCGUCGACACAGCAGCAGGGAACCAACACGGCCGCGAUCGCCUCACAGACACAACCACAACCAGAACAGGUACGUAUGAGUCGAAGCCGUGCAUCCAUCCACGAGGCCUUGAUCGACCCGUCGGAUCGCACCAACACCAACACACACAAGGACUGCAAGGACUGGGCCGACGUCAGUGACGAUGACGAGCUUUUGCCGCCCAUCGGCCCAUGUCGGCCUCACAGGAAAAUCCAGGCCGACAAAAAACUGCUGGCGGAGAAGGAGCGGCUCUCGUCGUAAACACCCCAGCACACGGGCAGACAGGCAGACAGACAGACAGACAGACGCACGUGCUGGUUGGUUGCUGUAUGGGUGUGCGUGUGCAGGCGCAUCGCUGACUUGAAGGGUCCCUUCCUGAUCAAUGAUGACUACCUGGAGAAGGCCAGCAAAGUCAUUCUAAGGUAGGUAUGGGGAGUGACUCAGAGAUACAAACUCCGUAUGUCCAUCCAUCCAUCCAUCCGUCCAUCAGUUUGAAGACCUCAAGUGCGGUGGGCCGGUGGAGCAGCUUCAUCGACAGCCUCAGUGGCAGGCUCACCUCACCCUCACCCCCCAGUGAUACCGAGCGCGAGUCGAUUGCAAUGGAGUUCUGGAGCCAGCUUCUGGGCGAGGAAGAGGCGGACCAAGACACUGUGGCGGCCUUCCAGGCGGAGGUACUGCUCGGAGAGGCCACCCGGGGGGACAUGCCAGUGCCGCGCAUAGAGGGCUACAAUGAGGGGGACAUGCCACCUGGAGAGGCCUGCAAUGAGGACGAUAGCGGCAGUGAGGAAGAUUGGAGGUAGGCAAUGCACACCCACCCUCCCAAUUUAGUUAUCCUCUGUGUGUUGUGAAUGGUAUGCUUGUGUGUGUGUGUGUGUGUGUCAGUUUGCCACCCAAGGGCAAGCAGCCGUACAGCGGCAAGCUCAAGCCCGAGACCAUCGCACCAAAGACACUCACACACGUACUACUAUGAGCAUACCCCCUCCCCCCCCUCUCCCCUCCUCCCACCCCCCAACACACGCAUCCAUCCAUCUGUGUGUGUGUGUGUGUGUGUGUGUGUGCAGCUUCGUGAGGGCGCCGGCGUGGGGGCACUCAACCUGCCAUCUCAUGCUGACGUGAGAAGCCACACCCACACGCACGUGUGUGUUGUCGGCAUCUGUCUGUCUGUCUGUUACGUCAGAGUGAUGUGAUUGAGGCCAUGAAGAAAGCCGUCGGCGACAGAGCGACCGGCAGGGUGCCCACCACCUGGCUCAAGAAGCUCACCGAUGGUGCGCAGACUCACACACACACAAUGCACUGAUCUGCGGAUGGGUGGGUGGCUGGACGGCUGCAGGCGAUGCCGAGCUGAAUGAGUGGAUAUCGAAUGCCAGAGGGGAGCUCGGCCACAGGGCUCUCAAACCACUGGCCUGGAAGUAAGAUCAAGAGACUACACGCACAUGGAUGGAUGGAUGUGUGUGUGUGUGUGUGUGUGUGCAGGAUGCUGAAGGCCGUGCUGGACUACGACAGCCUCUCCAUCAACGCUCAGGACGCUCUGAGGCAGAAAGAACACGAAAUAACGGUCGGUCGGGGGCGGGUCGGUGGGCACACACACUCCCUUGUGUGUAUGGCUUUGUGUCUGUCUGUUUGCAGAGCCUCAGGGUCCAGAUGGACAACAAGGACAAGUAAGUCAGCCAGCGAUACGCCGUUCCUCUCCCGCCUCUCCCUCCCAACACACACAUCGGCACUUCCCCAUGUGUGUGUGCGUGCGUGUGUGUGCAGGAAGCUCACCGAGCACACGAAAAAGAUCGAGAAUAUCAAGAGCACAAACACCGACCUCCUGGCCAAGAAGCACGACGCAGAGGUCAAGCUCAAGGAGGAGCGCAUCAAGAAUGAGAACGACCACAGGGCGAAGAAGCAACGUACACCCACACUCACACCCACACACACACACACACACACACACGACUGUGGCCAUGUGUGUGGCCGUGUGUGUGUGUCGUAGGGAUGGAUGAGAUGAAGCGUCAGCUGUCUGAGCGUGCUGAGGAGGUGGCCAAGGCGCAGCAGCAGAUCAAGGACAUGGAGGGCACACACACAGGUAGAUGGAUGGGCGUCUACAGAGAUGCAUUUGCUUUGCGUAUGUGUGUGUGUGUGUGUGUCUGCGCACAGCGGAAAUGGCUCAGAGAGACCAGCAGAUCUCCACACUGCGGGAUGCUUUCACGUGAGCAGGCGGCACACACAUCGCCAUCCAUCCAUCCAUGACAUGUGUGUGUGUGUGUGUGUGUGCAGCAAUGUGCGCAACCAGCUCAACGGCCGCAAUCAGGACAUCCAGAGACUCUCGUACGCACCAGCGACACACACACACUCCCUCUCCAUGUGUCUAUGUGUCUAUGUGUGUGUUGAUCUGUCUUGUCGACAGAGAGCAGCAGAACAAGACGACCGAGGAGAUGAACACACUGAGGCACCCUCCCCUCCCCCCAUCCCCCACACACACAUCACACACACAGAUGCUCGUGUGUGUCGUGUGUGGUAUUUCUGCUUGCAGGCAGCAGCUGCAGGAAGCCGGGCAGAACAAUGACGCGCUCAGGCACACACACACAGACGCAUCCAUCCAUCCAUCCAUGCGGACAUCCUUCUCUCCCUCUGUGUGCGUGGUUGACGUCGUGCAGACAGCAGCUAGAGAUCGCACUCAAGGAGAAGACGGAAAUUGACCAGAGGUAAGUACGAAGCUCUCCCUCAUCCAGCCCUCACCCCUUCGCCCACACCCACACCCCUCCCUCUCCCUCUCUGUGUGUAUACGUGUGUGUAUGUGUGAUGAUCCAUCAGUUUGUCGGCCGUGCGUGAGACCCUCACCGCCCUGCAGGCGGUGCAUGAAGCCCUCGAAGCCGAGCACUCUCGUGUCACGACCGCCGCUGACAACACGAACACCGAUGCGAGCAGCCCCAGCAGCAGUGCUAGCACCAACCCAAAGUGAUUGGGUGCUGCUGCCAAUGUACUCGAUGCCAUGCUCACGUGUGUGUGUGUGUGUGUGUGUGUGUCGAUCAGCCUCACUUUGGAGCACUGCAGCUCGUUGAGCUCGGUGACGGCCGUAAUGAAGCUUUCUGGACAGAUCGAUGAAGAGGUCACCCGCCUGAAUGCCGUCAGAAAUGUACCUAACACACACACACGUCCUUCCGUCCACCAAAGAAGGGGGCAUCCAUCAUCUGUGUGUGUGUGUGUGUGUGUGUGUUGUUAGGCCGCCAUGAAGCGCAUAGCCGAUCUCCAUAGGGAGGCCGAAGUACUCAUCCAUUCCUUUACGACUGACACACCCAGCACGCCCAUGUCUGUCUGUGUGUCUGUCUGUCUGUGUCAGCGCAAGGCCGAGGUAGCGCGUGAGCAUAUGGCCGAGGGCAAGCUCGAGUGCGUCAUCUGCUGGAAGGCCGCCAAGACACACGCAUUCAUUCCCUGUGGACACCGGGUGCGUAGCACACCACACACAUAGCACACCACAGCACACACAUCUCUCUCCCUCUCUCUCUCUCUCUGUGUGUGUGUGUGCGUGUCCAGGAGUUGUGUGCCAAUUGUGUGCCAAAGAUGCUCGCCGAGCAGGGGGAUUCGCGCAGGUGCCCCACAUGCCGACAGCCCUUCACAGACAUCAAGCGCAUCUUCAUCACCUGACUGACACAUACAUGAGGAUACAGACACCACCACCACCACCACCACACACCCGUACCCAUAUCCACCCACACGCAGUAGGGCAAGGAGGGAGUGGAGAGAGGGAGGGAGGGUUGAUGACGUGGUUGAUGUGUGCAUAGUUGUGUAUACAUGGCUGGCAGGCGGUGCUGUGCGUG